AUGGCCUACUAUCUUACCGACGGAAUUUAUCCUAAUUGGGCAACAUUUAUCCAAUCCAUCAAACUCCCUCAAGGUCCAAAAGCAGAGUUAUUUGCUGAACGUCAAGAAUCCACCAGAAAAGAUGUCGAACGGGCUUUUGGAGUAUUGCAAUCGAGGUUUGCAAUUGUUAAGAACCCAGCUCUACUAUGGGACAAGGAGAAGAUAGGAAAGAUAAUGAGAACUUGUGUCAUAUUGCACAAUAUGAUAGUGGAGGACGAGCGACACGGAUACAUUCAAAUUGAUACAUCUGAGUUCGAGUCUGGAGAGUCUAGUCGAAGUUCGAAGGUGAAAAGUAGAGAAAGUGUCAAUGUCCCUAUGCUUACCAUUCGCAAUCAAAUUCGAGAUCCACAUUUACAUGAGCGUUUGAAAGCUGAUUUAGUUGAAAAUGUUUGGGAAAAAUUUGGUAAUCAUGAUGAAUAA